CAUGGAUAUAUCGAAAUCCUCAGGUCACAGAGAUUUCGUGUGGGCAAUUGAAUUAAACCGUCCCAGCUUAGAAUUGAUUGGCUUAUGGCCUUCAACUGAUGGAAUCACCAAAAAAGGUCUCGGUUCUAAUAUUCGUGCGAGUUUCGCUUUCCUUACGAUAACAUUUUUCCUUAUUAUUCCUCUUGUACAUGCACUUACGCGAGUUUGGGGCAAUAUGUCACUAAUGAUAGACAAUUUACGAUUUACAUUACCUGUUUUGACAGUUUUACUAAAGCUUGUUAUCAUGCGAUGGAAGCAAUCAGUACUGUUGUCUGUCGUAAAUAUGAUGAAAGAAGAUUGGAUGAUAUUAAAGCAAGACGGAGAAAGAAAUGUAAUGAUGAAGCGUAUGCAAACCUCUCGACUGAUUGUAAUUUGUGCAUACGUCCUAAUGGUAGUCACGUUAAUUAUCAUGAUUAUUUGUCCUUAUUUUGGUCUAUCAUUUAGACAUCUGACGAAUCUCACGGAUCGGAACAAACCGUUUUUUCUGCAGUCAUAUUAUUUGUAUGACACAGAUAAGAGUCCACAGUACGAGUUGACUUAUCUUACUCAAAUUGUAGCAUCGUUUUUGGUCUUGAUAAUAUAUACAUCGGUAGAUACUUUUCUUGGAUUCAUGAUCUUUCAUGUCUGCGGUCAAUUAGAGAAUUUCAGAGGCCGGUUAGUUAAUUUGAUCGCGGGCAAAGAAUUCAACAAAGCUUUGAGUAAUAACAUAGUGACUCAUUUACGACUUAUCAGAUAUGUCGAUAACAUCGAAGACAUAUUCACUUUAAUAAUGCUUGGAUCAGUAAUAUAUUUUGGCAUUAUAUUUUGCCUUUCCGGAUUUGUGUUCAUCGUUAUGAUCAAUAACGAAAAGAUAAAUGUUACGAAUUUAUUACAAACAUAUUGCAUGAUGGCAGCUAUUAUUAUUUAUUUUAUGCAAAUGUUUUUCUAUUGCUAUGUUGGAGAGCUAAUAAUAGAACAAUGUGAAGCAGUAUAUCAUACUGUGUACAAUCUUGAAUGGUACAAUUGGGAAUCUAAACAAGCGAGAAAUCUUAUUUUAUUAAUGGUACGAGUUCAGCAACCAUUCCGUAUUACUGCGGGAAAGAUUGUUCCAUUAACAAUGGCCACUUUUUGCAGCCUAUUAAAAACAUCAGCUGGUUAUAUAUCAUUUUUAUUGGCAAUACAGAAUUAA